AUGGAGGAAGAUAAUUCUUUUUCUAGCAGAUUCACCAAAAAAUCUCAACAGAUGCCCUUGUAUCCUGUUGGAAUAUUGGGAUUUGGAUUAGUAGCAGCUUAUGGACUCUACAAAUUUAAAUCUCGCCAAGGACGUACAUCAUUGUACCUUAUUCAAUUACGGUUAGCAGCUCAAGGAACAGCUGUAGGAAUCAUUGGAAUAGGCGUUCUAUAUAAUAUUUAUACCGAUAUAACUUCAAAAAAAUCUAAAAGCUGA